UUGCUUUGAUGUAAUUCUUUCGUUUUCAAUUAUCCGAACUCUCAAUGUGUCGUUUACACAUAAUUUUUUUUGGUCCUCUGUUCCUGAGACGACAACUUUUUAGAUUUUGAUAUGGAUAUGGAUGAUCUAGGGCUUCUUAGGAUUUACGGGUUCUUCUUAUUCGUAAUUCUGGUUCUGAGUUUGAUCUAGCUCAUGCCAAGAUAUGAAUCUAUGCUUUUCCCAAUCAGAUUAUGCAAAGAAUGUUUGAUUGUUGGUCUUUAGUUUUGUUUCUGACUUGUGUUAUCUUUGUGAAUUUGAAGACAUCAAGUGUACAAGAUGUCAACUCCAGCAAGGAAGAGGCUUAUGAGGGAUUUCAAGAGGUUGCAGCAAGACCCUCCUGCUGGAAUCAAUGGUGAUUCUCAAGAUAACAACAUCUUACUCUGGAACGCCGUUAUCUUUGGUCCGGAUGAUACACUUUGGGAUGGAGAGGAUUAUCCAAACAAGCCACCGACUGUUCGCUUUGUUACUCGGAUGUUUCACCCAAAUAUCUAUGCAGAUGGAAGUAUUUGUCUUGACAUCUUACAGAAUCAGUGGAGUCCUAUUUAUGAUGUUGCAGCAAUUCUUACAUCUAUCCAGUCACUCCUCUGUGAUCCCAACCCAAACUCACCUGCAAACUCAGAAGCUGCCCGCUUAUUCAGCGAAAACAAGCGAGAAUACAACAGACGAGUUGAACAGAGUUGGACCGCUAAUUACUAAGCUAUAUCGGUAAUCGAAUCUUCUGCGCUCAGAUUUUAUAACAUUUUAAGAAGUGGAGGUGAUCAAACUGGUAAAACGACCGACAUUUAUCAAUUUGUAUAUGUGUUUGUAAGUCUCUCCAAUUCAAUAUAGAAUAGAUGGAUUCUAUAGUUGCGUGGAUUCGAUUUAUAAGGAGGCCAAAUGUUAAAAGUCAAAUCGAGGAGUUUUAAUCAGCUGGUGAUUAAGAUGAACAGAACCAAUCAUAUAGUGUUCUGUCUCAAGAUCUUAGUUAGGUUCUAAGUUUUUUCACAAUCGUUUGUGCAAAAACUCAGAUAAAGUUGAUAUUGUUUUAGAUGAUUCUUACUUCUAAAAUGGCUUAUUAAUUGGAUUCGUUUUUGUUAUGCAAUCAUGGUGUUGUAUUGUUAAUAUGUAAUUCAAUCACCGGUUUAAAUUUUAGUUGAAAUCACAUGUUCAUUUGGGUGGUUCUAUUAACUAGUGAACUAUAUAUAUAACUAGUUAAACUCCAAUGAAACAUUUGUAGUUGCUAACUAAAAAAUGAAAUGACUCAUUCAUGUAACAAUCACAUUACUUUUCGUAUACAUGAAAAAGCUCAUAACUCACCUGACCGUUGAAAAAACCGCUCAAACCUUUGGGUGCCAAGAUGUCACCUAGAGUCCCCCCAAACACUUCAGUGUUCAUCAGAUUGAUUUAUCGGUCGAUAGAUCUUAGAACACAAACUCACAAAGUAUGAACAAUGAAGCGUUUAAGGGAACUCAAGGGGACAGUUGACUUUACAUGUUAUAUAUGUCUCUUUGCUAAUGCUUCUUCUCUUACUCACUCAAGUUCUUAGUGAACACCCAAACUGCAUAUUUAUAUGUAUGCUUAUACCGCAUGUUGUAGAGGAAUUUUUCAGGGAGGGACCGUAGAUUAUAUAUUCUCCAUUGAAUAGCAAAACAUGUAUGUAAAUAUAAAUGAAGAUGAACCAAGUCGGAAUUUUGGGAAUAAGGAGCCAAGGAGAAUAUUAUUAUCGCCAUUCUUCACAAGAUCUUUCUUUCCUCCGAUAGAUCUUAUUCUAUUCUCUUUUUUGCGUAAGCAAAGAAUAUGUCAAGACACUUACAAAAACCAAUGUAAAAAAAAUGAAAGUAACAAAUGUAAAAAAUCUAAGAGAAGUAUUUCAUAAAUUUCACAAUAUUCUUCCUAUUUCAUUUAAGUGUUGUUUUCUAAUCGUGUGUAGAAACGUAUCUUGCAAAAAGGCUGAAAGGUAAAAGGAUUUAUGCACUUUUCUUGAAAAAAGUGAUUCCCUCACGUACACUUAAAGCCCUUAACCUAAAUUCACGUCUACAUUCAUAAUGCUUCCAAUUUUAUAUAUGAAACGCCAAUGUCUCCAUUCUCUUUCAAACCCUAACACCCUUGUAAACUCAAUUUGGCCAUUCCACCGAAAUGUAAUGUUCAUUACAUAAGAAACAAAUAUCGUUUUGGUCGGAUGUUCCCUAGAGUUCCUCUGAGCACUUCAUUGGAGAUACCAUUGUCUAUGAAAUAGUAUUCUACUGAAGUGUUUGGGGGAACUCCUGGACUCAUUCGAUAAUUUUAAUUCACUAAGUUUGAUUUGGUGUUACAUAUUGUUUGUUCGAUAUAUAAGGUAAGAGAUGAAGAAAUAUAGAAUAUCCAAUUAAUAUCAUAUUGCCAAACUGCUUCAAUUUGUUCGUUUUCACAGGUUCUGCGGUACCUUACUCACCCUACAUACUGUCUAUUCUAAAGAAAUUUUUCAGUAUGAGACUCAAUUACGAUUUUUUAUUUAUUUAUGAGGUUAUGAAAAUCCGACACAUCGUUUUGUUAAUAUUUUUCAAUUUCACGUUUUUAACUAAACGCAUUAUAUAUUGACUCGGAGGAAUUAGUAUUUUUCACCCCGAUCGACAUGUAAGUUUCGAGAUUUUAAGUACGUAGCUCAGAGUUUCUCCCUUUAUUUUGAGUGUUCAACUUAUUUGUUGUAGAGCGAAUAAAUUUUUCAAAAAUUGUAAAUGUAAUCAACUUUCAGUCUUUCAGAGAAGAUGAAC